CUUCAGCCAGUUGCGACUUCGCUUGCUGGGCUCAUAACCACUCUCCAACGUAUCCAGCAUCUUCACCAUGAGUCCUUCACACGAAGCCUUGACACUUUCAUCCAAAAGGUCCUGGAUCUCGUCAAGGACAUUGGUGUUCCCAAAUUGUGCAAACUGGAACUCGCCUUCAAUGGGUUGGAAGCACUGAUGCAGUAGCUCUCGACGUUCACGUAGUGACUUUUUGACACAUGGCUAUCAAUACUGCGUUAGUGAAUGCUGCAGAAAUCGUGCCAUUAGGAUUGGCUUACCUCUCCAUUGAAGAAGAGCAGAUCGAAAGCAAAGACGCAGACCUUGACCUUGACGUCCUCUGCCUUCACAUCCUUCCGUUUGCGUGUCAUGAGCUGCUGGAAUGGGAGAACCUUCUUGUUGAUAGUGUCCCAAGCAACAGUCUCGCAAUCCAAAACAAAGCUGUUGACAUCUUGCUUGACCCAACUGUCAAGCUUACCCAGAAUAUCCGGGUACUUCUUUGACAGAUCUUCAGAGUUGCGAGAGAAGAUAGCACUAAGACCCUUUUGAUCCUUUUGCAAUGUAGCGACUGACCCGGGAUACUUAUGGAUAUGAUCCGGAGCCACAAAGUGGAUCUGUGCACGCUCACCAUCGUACUUGUAUUCGCAGGUAAAUUCCUUGCCUUCAAAGCGGUCAAGAACUUCAGUAAUCGACUUGGUCGGCUUGGCAAGCAUUGGCUUCAAAGGGACACCGGGCUGAAGCUUGCACACCUUGGGCAGAUCGAAGAGACCAUGCUCCAACAUAGCGGGAAUGAUCACUUCGUAGGAUGGCAGCUCACUAUAUACUGAUUUGAGAACAGAUUCACCCUCAGCCAGCCGCUCUGGAGUUGGAGCCUUCUCGCCUGCAGCGGCGGCCUCGUGGUUGACAAUGGCUUGAGCCAGCGCCACAAGAACAGUCCUCUCUGCAAGUCCUAGUCGCAACUUGCCCUCGAGGAAGCGGACGAUGAACUUCGCCUCGCUAGGUCCGCCCUUGUCCUUGGUAAUAUCAACACCCUUACUGCCCUUUCCAGAAGUUGCGGAGUCGGCAGCAGACAACAACUUCUUGAUACCAGAAAUUUUCUUGUCCUGUGAUCCGUGUCCUUGAACCUUUGCAAUGCCCAGCAGUCCCUCAUGGACGCCCCUGACAGUCAAAGGCUUCGGCUUGAACAUAGUAGGUUGGUUGCCACGACUUUUGGCAGCCACCAACCCCAAAUCACCAAUUUCAUGCUGAUCUGCCUUGAUGACCUGGAGGCUGCGGCCCGUGCUCUCGCCGAUGGCUUUCAUGAUCAAAGACUCGCCAAUUCCGAGCUCGAUACCGGCAUAGUCAGCAGCCAGCUUAUUGAUCAUGAGUUGUACUGUAGGAAGCAGAUCAUUCGGGGUCAACCGCAGCACCUGCUGAAGGAAGAGAGAACAAUGGGCGAGAAUGAUCAGGCGUUUUGUGGUCAUCUCAACCAGCGAGAAGGUGGUACACAGAGCAGCAUAGGGAACUGGAUCGCCUGCCUUCCAGUCUGGAUAUGGGUCUUUGCCGGUGGCUUUCAAAGUGGCCUGCACCUUCGCCAUUGUCUUCUUCUUCGCUUCAGGCUUGGCCUCUUCUUCAGCCUCGCUCCCAGACUCCAUCUCCUCUUCAUCUACAUCUGAGAUCGGAUCCGCUUCUGGAGUCUCCUCUCCGGAGGCCUUCUUCACGACAGGGUUGGGUGAUGGUAUUUCGGAUUUGACAGGGCUUGAUGAGGACUUGGAAGGGGACUUCUUGGGUGACUUUUUGGGUGAUCGCUUCGGGGAAGGCGAACGUUUCUCUGCGGAAGGAGAUCGUUCGUUCGUGACUUUGCGCCGACGCUUAGAGACAGGUUGGACAUCUGAUCCGUCGCUAUCCUCUCCAUCCUCGGCCUUUUCUCGCUUCAAGUUCUUGCCCAACUCCACCCCAUUGGAUUCGGCGCCGGGGUUGGGCUCAGCUCGUUGUUCAGUACUUGCUUCUGCGGAUUUGGUAUCAGCAUCACCUGUAGCUUUUUGCCUCUGUCCACCGAAUGCCAGUGUUGUCUGUUUCUUUGGUGCUUGAUUGGCGCCCGGAUUUGAGCCGAAGAACCUUCUGAAAUGACCGCGACAUGUUAGCAAGUUCACUGGCAAUAGAUUCAGGUGGAUGGAAAUUGAAGACUGGCAGGUGAGUGUUGCAGUGAAUCUUCUCUCCACGCACCCAAUGGUCAAUUGAAAAUCGCGCACGUACCCCAAUGUCGCCUGUUUGCGACUCUUGUCGUCCGCCAUGCUUGUUGAAGAUAUUGAGAUUCCGGUCAAUCGCAAUACGCCCAAGCAAGAGAUCGAGGAUCUUGAAGCGAUGGCUCGCGAUACAAGUGUUCGAUGCUGAGUGGAUACUGAUAAAAAUGAUGUCUUUGUGUACCGCGUGACUGUAAAGAAGUUUGGGUCGGAGCGCGACAGCGACGUGGGCGCGGACGGAAUCCGCAGGCCACGCAUAGAAGAGCUUGAGAGAUAAGGACCGCUGGCUCAAUCCAGUCUGGGAGGGCCUCGGUAUAUAAGUUCGGCCAAAUGAGAAUGAAACCAGGCAACAGACACCGAUUUAACCUAGCUUCUCCAGGCAGCCUCGAGCCUCUUCUCCGCGCGACGUGACGCGCCUGUCACGUGUAAGCUAUCUUGCCAAGAUAGGAAGUGGAUCACUCACCGCUCUAGCGAGGUGGCAGAUCAGGAGGGCGGUGGGGUAUUUCCACGGUCAUGGCCGGCAGUGAUGAUCGUGAAGCACAGAGCUUAAGUCUCAAGAUGGGUUUGUGUUGCUAUUCAUUCUAAGGCUAAAACUACUAGAACUGUGCUUCAGAUGCUAUUUACGCUGACGGGGCUCAACUUCACUCCUAGCCAUAAUGGCCGACCUACGGCAGGAAUCCUUCAAGCUGCUACGAGAGCCUUGUGUUGAGCUCAGCUCAGUCGGCUUACGGUUUCGUGGGAAUAAUGCCUCUGCUGCAGAUGUCACUCGAGCUCUGGAACCGGUCUAUCGUACUCUAAAAGAGCUUACGGCGAGGAACACACUGGACGGGAAGCUUGCCGAAUAUGCCUUCUUUCCCCUUUCGCAUAUCUUCAACGAAACGCAACGCCUUCCAGCACGAUGCCUUGAAUUAGCGGUCCAAUGUUUACAUCUGCUGAUCUCCGAUGGCUGGCGAGAGCAGUUAUCACCUGCGCUUGGAAAGCAGUUGGUCAUCCUGCUGACGCUGAUGGUGGGAGGGUCUCCCAAUAAGGUUGAUGGGCAACAACCACUAAAGGCACAGGUAGCGGAAGAACUGUCCGUUGCAUGCUUUGAUUGCCUUCGCUCUAUUUUUGAUAUGCUGCAAGGGCCGGUUGCCGACCGAACCAUCUUCCACGAGAUUGGAUCGGCUACGGUUGUCGACCAGACCGUGUAUAUCUUACUCGAGGGCGUGGUGGAUGAUAGGUCCGAUGACAUCGGCAUAUCGGCUGCAAAAGCACUCCAAUCACUCUAUUCCCGAAUAACUGACCGCAUCGUCCUAGCUAGCAUCAUGCCACGCACUGUCUCUGCACUAGCAAAGGUGAUACGUCCUACAACACAAAGUCGGCGGUCCUACAAGCUCUUGGAACUAUGCUUGGGGGUCCUGAACCGAAUGCUGAAAGUUGUCCUCAAUGAUCAUGCAGUCGCAGAUACGGAGAAGGCUCCUGUGGUUCCUGCCGAAUCGGAUCAAGUGGCUCUCGAUGCUUCCUGGCUGAAAGCUACGACCACACAAAUCAAACUCGCGCUCGUGAAUGUCACCCAGAUACGACGCCAUCAAAGGCCAGAGGUCCAAUCUGCUUUGUUGGAUCUCUGUGUGAUGGUGAUUGAGGACUGUCAGACCAGUUUGAAAGAUGCCGUUCCUAUGAUGGCGGAAACCAUUGUUGUCUUGGCCGAUAACGAAGGCGAUUAUCCGAAUCAGGCCUACCUAACUCUCGUCCAUCUUGCCACUACUUAUCCGAUCGUGCUAGACUCGCUGAAGGAAUCACUUCAUACCUGGCUCACGGCCUUCCCGCGAAUCAUGCAGAGCAACGACGAAACCGCCAAGCAGUGGGGAAUUCGACAAAUCUCCACUGUCUUCCAAAUCUUGUCUCAGCUGCAAUAUGGAUCAGACCUGCUUACGGGUAGUCUAGCUUCUGGCUUGUGCGAUAGUAUGGGAGCUGUCGUAAAACAUGGUACCAACUCCCUGCAGUCAGUAUCGAUCCCAGAUGAUUUGCGUUGGGAUGUACUUGCCUCCGAGUCCAAGUCUGUAGCCUUCCCACCCGUCCUACUCGAGCAUCAAAGUCAGCAGCAAACAUUAAAAGACAUGCGAGCGUUUAUUAUGAGACUCAAUCUGUCCGAGUCAGGCAACGAAAUCACAAGGUCUAUUAUCAACCGCUUGCAUGCCGUAUCAGACGAUUCAGCUGUGGCCCCAUACUGGCUAGCCUUGACCUCUUUGCGAGCACAGUCACAGCAAUCCGCCGAUUUUGACUCCUUUAUUGCCGACGAUCAUGUGGAAGGAGCUAAUCCACUCGUCGAACGUGCUGGCAUGAUCGAAGAGUUAUACUACACUUCACUCACAAUUUUGAAUGAUCUACCCGUUGAUGGCUCCGGGGAUUGGCGAAUGCGAGCUCUCGCGUUGGAAGCUGUAGCUCUUCAAGCUCAGCAAUUGGGAGAGGCAUUCCGACCUGAACUCAUGGAUGCCUUGUACCCGACACUGCAAUUACUCGCUUCCAACAACACCACUCUCCAGCGCCAUGCUAUGAUAUGUCUCAACGCCCUUACUCAGGCGUGCAAGUACCCUGACACUGGCUCCAUGAUCAUCGAGAACGUGGAUUACUUGGUCAACUCGGUAGCUUUGAAACUUAACACCUUUGAUGUUUCACCAUACCCACCACAAGUGCUAUUUAUGAUGGUCAAGCUAUGUGGUGCACAACUUGUUCCAUACUUGGAUGACCUGGUCGACUCUAUCUUUGGAAUUCUUGAUCUCUAUCACGGCUAUCCCAAGCUGGUCGAAAUGAUGUUCAAGACGUUGGCUGCUAUUGUGGAGGAGGGAUCGCGGAAACCGGCUCUAUUGACGAUUGAUAGCAGCCGAGAGAGGGGACCCCAUGACAGUCACAAGUCGCAUUAUCAGCAUCUAUCCAUCUCAACUGUCGCAAGUGAUAUCGCGAACCGAAAGGCCAAGCGAGUUGAAAACGCCGAAAAUGACGUUGGCAUUGAUGACACCCUCUCACACCCCAAAAAGCCUUGGUCAGAGACUUACGAGAAGCCGCCACCCGAGCCGGAAUCCAUUGAAGAGUUAUUGAAGCAAGUUGAAUCCGAUGAGCCACUUCCUCCACCCAAGGAACCAGAGGAUAGCGAGAAGCCACUUAGCAAAACACACUCCCUCCUUCUUCACAUUGUGAAAUCUAUCCCCUCGCACAUGUCGUCUCCAUCGCCAUAUCUUCGACGCUCUCUCCUUUCUAUACUCAUUGAAGUACUGCCAUCUCUGUCUCAGAAUGAAAAUAGCUUCCUGCCUCUCAUCAAUGACCUUUGGAACUCGGUCGCUUCAAGAGUCAUUUUUCCAUCAUCAUUAGCGGGUGAUUCAUCAUCAUCCUCCCUCGUCAACAGAUCUCCCGCUGAGUCACGAGGUUCUAUCGACCAGCCCGGUAACAACACAUUCCAGGAGGAGACCUUUGUUAUUACCAUGGCUUGUCAGGCGAUUGAAGCCAUGUGCAAGGGUGCUGGUGAUUUCAUGGCGUCGCGUGUUGAAACAGAGUUCCCGCGCUGGCAGCGUCUCUACCAGCGCGUCUGGACCCAAGUACGACAUGAUGCCGAGGCCGCCAAUGAGCGACGUGCCCGACAACAGAUGAAGGCCAACGUCACCCCGACUGCUAAGGAUACAACCAUGCAAAUAGCAGGCGCGACAUCCGAAGGUAUGUUCGCAUUGACACCAUCUCUCGCCAUGUCGGGGACCGUCCCCGGCUCCCGAACAUUCACACCUCACCACUCUCUGUGGAGGGCUUUAAUCUCCCUGUUCAUUACUAUACUUUCUCGAGUCCGGCUGCCUCUGGAAGCAGGAGAUCAGAUUUGCGAGAUUCUGGGAGCAUGGAUCGCACUCUUUGUUGGGCCAGAGUAUUACUUCCAACCAUCAGAACGAGCAGCUUUGCUAGCAUCAGAUGAUGUCUCAAGAGGCAUGCUCGAAUGGGUGGAAAAUGCCAUUCGUGCAAUGGAGACUUGGAACCCCGAUCUGACUUGGUUUAUCAUGGCCUCACAUAGAACCAAGCCAUCUGCCUCGCGUGUGUCCGAGAUGUUUGAUGUCAUUGAAGUCUUCGGCGAGUCCUUGCAGUAUGCGGUAGUAGCAUUCUAACCGCCUGCUGCAAGGUUAAUAGCCAAAUUACAUGUAUAAAUCAAAUUUCAUGCAUUGAUCUCCACUUAUUUUGUGGAUGUCUAAUAACAACUUGAGACCCUUUGUGAACUCCAUAUGUUGGUCGAACAGUCUCAGAAGCAGCUAAAGCCACCAGACGAGCCGCGUACUUGGAAUGAUAACAUUUUAUCAUGUACCGCAUUCAAUCUGAACUGUUUGCCAGAUUCUCAACUUGGCCUGCGCAAUGGAACUCACUGGACGACAAAAUAUGGCCGGAUCUCCAAGGAAUACUCUGCGCCUGGUAGUGACCACACCUCCCUUUGUUGAUUAGCUUCAUUAUCCCCGCCUAAAGUACAAUAUGGCUCGUAAUAUGCUCAAGGGAAUCUUCAGUAAUUUUUCAUUCAUCAACAAUCAAAGCAAUAUUUUGACAAUCAAUGGACGAGGCACGAAUAAGAAUAUAUUAGCAUUCUACUCUUGAAGUCCAGUCAACGAUGAAGUUCAAAGCCUUGGAACAUCUCAACAGAGAAGCAACGUAUUUACCAAUAUUAGAAGCCGUG